UUGUUUUUAAAGCGUAGCCUGAAAGACAGAGUUCAGGGGAAAAUUCAAAGUUCAUCGCUGAAAUCACUAUUCCGUGUGUUUACCUGCACUGGAUGCUCUUCUUUCUCCCUGCAUGUGUCCGCUCAGACAGCAAAACACAGACGUGCAAAGAGGAGGAAGAGGAGCAAAGUGUGAGUUUGUGAGAAGAGCGGCAAAGGUUUUUAAACCACAGAAGCGGUUGCUGCUGCUACUUCCGGAGCAGCCCAUUAAAGUAUGGGAAUAUAUGCAGGAAAUUUAUGAGUAAACUCGCGUUAAAAGUUAUGACGUUAUCUGGAGCUCCUCUAAAUCGGAAUUUCAACUGGAAUUCUCCCUAAAUUCGGAUUUUCCACUUGGAAAGUCCGAGAAGUCAAGGGAUGCUGAAUAUGGAGCUGUCUGGCAGGAGGAAAAGAGGAAGACCACAGAGAAGAUCCGUGGAUGUAGCGUGCACGGGGUUGGGGUGACAGAAGAGGAUGCAAGGUGUAGGGGCAGAUGGAGACCUUUAAAGGAAACAGCCGAAAGAAGAAAGUAGGAGAAGACCCACCAACCCGGACUUGUGACUCGAGGUGACAACAGUGCGUGCAAACAGUAUAACAAAACUGUAAUACUUGAAGUCUCUGUAGUACCACCUGAUGUGUACUUAUGAUCGAGCGGGCUCUAUCCAGGAAUGUGUUACAACAGCAACAACAACGAAAACAUGCUUUACGUUGUUGUUGUUACUGAUGGAUGGAGGUCUUCACCUCGCCAUGGUGCAAAAAACCUGUUUUCCUAGCUUUUCCGAGCACUGGAACGCGGACGACAUUCCCAGCCCAGCACCAGCAUCCGACUUUCGAGGUUAAAGCAAGGCAGCAUGAUGAGAAUGAGCUGUUGUUGGCUGGCUCCCGGGCUGACAGCAUUCCUCCAGCUGCUACAGCACAAUGCAAACCAUUAAGUGUGUUGUCGUUGGAGACGGAGGAGUGGGUAAGACCUGUCUGCUCAUCAGCUACACCACCAAUGCCUUUCCUGGAGAGGAAAUUCCCUCUGUGUAAGUUCGACAACUACUCCACCAAUGUUAUGGUGGAUGGGAAGCCAGUGAGCCUGGGCCUUUGGGAUACAGCAGGACAAGAAGACUACGACAGACUCCGCCCCCUUUCCUACCCAGAGACGAAUGUGUUUCUCAUCUGCUUUUCACUCGUGAUGCCUGCCUCGUAUGAAAACGUCCGUCAUAAGUGGUACCAGGAGGUGACACACCAUUGUCCCAACACUCCUAUAAUCCUUGUGGGCACCAAACUGGACCUGAGAGAUGAUAAGGACACCCUGGAGAAGCUGAAGAAGAAUAAAAUCUCUCCAAUUACUUAUUCUCAAGGACUGGCCCUGUCCAAAGAGAUUGGUUCUGUCAAGUACCUGGAGUGCUCAGCCCUGACGCAACGUGGUGUUAAAACUGUGUUUGAUGAGGUCGUUCGGGCCGUCCUGUGCCCUUCACCCAUCAAAAAGAAGGCAAAUAAAUGCUCUGUCCUCUAAAACUUCCUUUACUGGCACUGCUACAGGGGAACGUGACUGCUACCGGUGAGGGUGGCUGAAGAAAUACAAGAAAAACACCAGUACACAUGCACAAAAACAAUGUAUUUCUGUCCUUCCAUAUGUGAAACUGUAACAGUUAGACCAAUACACAGUCACUAAUACUUGGUUACUUGAUGGGACCACUUGUUGGCUGCCCCACCCCACCAGUUACUCAGCUACCCAGUACUCACCCCUAGACCAUGGUUGCCCUUCUAGUUAUUUCUAUUAGAUAGCUAUUAUUCAAAACGUUAUUUGAAUUCAUCUUUAUUAUGUCUUCCUUUUUACUUGUACAGUCAGUCUGAGCACUUCACUGUGCGUUAUACUUCUAUAACUGUAUAUGUGACAAAUAAAAUCAAAAUGUUCUUGGAGACCUGGAAUUUAAACGUUCUUACCUGGAAAGCGAAUGAAACAUGAUUGAAGAAACAUCAUUUUCACCACUCUUUGAGCUACCUGGAUGUUCUUUGCCUUUCUGGAAAGACUCUGAUAGUGACCUCUGACCUCUGUGCUGGGGGGUCCUGGGUGUGUCUGAGGAAUUUCCCUCCUCCUAAAGUUUCUUUUACUGCUUGCUCUGGGGAAAAAAAUCUCUUAUUCCUGGUGUUUAAAUAAACAG